UGAUCGUAGCAGCUUCUGACAGGCGGAGGGUGUUUUUAUCUGUGCCAUGCCAAACCCUAAAUGACCUGCGGGACUCACUGAUAACAGGACCCAGACUUCCAGCUCCUUAUGGCUGUAUAUGAUGAGAACAUCCUGAAGAAUCCUUUCUACUUGGCGUUGGAGAAGCAGAGACCGGACCUCUGCAGACGAGUGGCAGAGUUUCACGGCAUCGUUUUGGUUCCUUGUUGUGGAAGUUUGAGCGUCAGCAGCUUCUCAGACUCUCAGUUUGACGGCUACGUGCUGCAGCCGCUGGACGAAGGAUACCAGACUGCAGAUGGAAAGGCUGUCAGGAUCCAGGACAGGCAGGUCCUGCUGGGCUCCGGCUCCGUGUCUUCGGCGUCGGUCCCGAUCCUUUUCGAGGAGACGUUCUAUAACGACCAGGAGCAGAGUUACAGCAUCCUGUGCAUCUCUCGGCCCGUCGAGGUGGAGCCGAACCCGGACGAGCUCGCACAGCCGCUGCCUCCCUACUGCCUGAAGAGCGUAGACGACGUCCGAGAGUUCCUGGGCCGACACGCUCUGAAACUAGACAAGUUCAUCCUGGGAUUCUGUCAGAGCUUCAAGGAGCAGGAGAGGAAGGGACUCCGACAUCACAUAGACUCUGUGAACGGCCUCUACACUAAAUGUCUUCAGUGUCUGCUGAGAGACUCUCGCCUGAAACUUCUGGCGAAACAGGAGCUUCAGAUGACUCUCCUCAAACAGGCGGUGGAGAUGUAUGUUCAUCAUGGUAUCCAUGAUUUCAUCUUUAACUUUGUGGGAACGCUUGAAGCCAGCCCGGAUGCUGCCUUCAAUAAAACCACGAGGAGUCUGCAGGACCUGCAGCAGAAAGAGCUGGGAGUCAAACCAGAGUUCAGUAUUAACUUGUCUCGGGCCAAACGAGAGCUGAGUCAGCUCAACCAGCAGACCUCCCCCCUCCUCAAACUGCUCUGCCUUCGUCGGGUCGCCCUGACCGCCACGCAGACCCCCCCGACGCACCGGUGAGCUGCCUUCAGCAUAGAGGCCGUGUGUGCAGACGACCUGCUCUCUGUCAUCCUCUAUCUGCUGGUGAAGACGGAAAUUCCCAACUGGAUGGCAAACCUGAGCUACAUCAGGAACUUCUGCUUCAGUCACUCCAGCAAAGACGAGCUCAGCUACUGUCUGAGCACCUUCGAAGCUGCUGUGGAGUAUAUUAACCUGGGGAGGCUGCAGGACACACACUCCAGUUCAGGUGAGCUGAACGACCGAGCGUUGUUCAAAGAGAGGAUGAGUCUGCUUUCUCAGAGCGCCGCCACGCCGAUCCACUGUCUGUUUGAGCACAUAGCAAACGGGAACGAGGCGGAGGUGGAGCGUCUGCUGAGCGAAGGAGAAAGUGACGAAGACGUUCGGAUGUGUCACCCGCUCUGCUCCUGUGAUCUGUGUGAUCUCCAGCUGUCUGGACGGCUGAACGACCCCUCCAUCGUCACACCGUUCUCCAGAGACGACCGAGGUUACACGCCGCUGCACGUCGCCGCCGUCUGUGGUCAGGCCCAGCUGAUCGACCUGCUGGUGUGUAAAGGAGCACCGGUCAACGCCACAGACUACCACGCUCUCACUCCGCUGCACCUGGCCUGUCAGAAGGGCUACCAGGGAGUCACGCUGCUGCUGCUUCACUACAAAGCAAACACAGACGCUCAGGACAACAACGGCAACACUCCUCUGCACCUGGCCUGCAUGUACGGACACGAGGACUGUGUGAAAGCUCUGGUUUACUACGACCUGCAAACGUGCCGCCUGGACCUGCAGAACGAUAAAGGCGACACGGCGCUGCACAUGGCGGCUCGCUGGGGCUACGAGGGAAUCAUCCAGGUGCUGCUGGAGAACGGAGCCAACACCGCCAUCAUCAACAAGAACAAAGACUCCGCCCUGCAGUGUGCUCUCAACUCCAAGAUCCUCAUGUUGUUGCAGUCGACUCAGAACGGCCGACAGAGAAGAGGCAGCGGAGUCGACUCUCCCAGUCGCUCCCCUCAGGCUUCAGACUGCAGCAGCCGUCGCUCCUCCGUCUCCAGCACUUCCUCUCUGAGCUCCGAGGCCAAACCGGAGGCAGAGCGGGUUCGACACAGAGAGGUGGAGAAGCUGCUGCGAGCUGUGGCAGACGGUGACGUGGAGAUGGUGCGUUACCUGUUGGAGUGGAUGGAUGAGGAUGAGGAGGAUGAUGAAGGAGAUAUCCGGUCCGAGGCUCUGCUCUGCCAUCCGCUGUGUCAGUGUCCCAACUGUGCUCCCACUCAGAAGCUGUCCGUCCUUCAGGCCGGAGCUCUCGGCGUGAACAGCUGUAACUCUGAAGGUUUCUCUCCGCUCCACGUGGCCGCGCUGCACGGACACUCGGCGCUGGUCGCCCUGCUGAUCCGCCACGGAGCCAACGUCAACGCCCGCACCAACCAGAACGCCACGCCGCUUCACCUGGCCUGCCAGAACAGCCACAUACAGGUGGUGAGGUUUCUGCUGGAGUGCAACGCAAAACUCAAUAAGAAGGAUCACUACGGCAACACACCUCUGAUACACGCCUGUCUCCGUGGAAACCUGGAGACGGCCACCACUCUGCUACAGAGUAACGCCCUGGUGAACGUGGGGAACACGGCGCUUCAUGAGGCGGUUCGGGGAGGACAGCAGGGAUUGGUGGAGCUGCUGCUGAGGGGCGGAGCUUCACCUGGACUCAGGAACAAGAGGCAGAGAACGCCGCUCGACUGCGCCUACGAGCUGGGAGGAAAGAACACGGAGAUCCUGAGAGCUCUGCAGAAAGCGUCGGGUCUUUCUCCGGACGCUGAACCAAUCAAACUCCUCUCUGUUCCCAAAGGAGCUCUGGCUCAUUCCUUCGUGCAGCGUCUGCGGCUGCAGGAUCACGCUAACGGCAGGAGACAGAAACUGGCUCAGUCCAUCAGCAGGAUUCAGCAGAUGAAGAGAGGGUCGUCUGGUCCGGCUCCCAGAACUUCACCAAACAUGAACCAGGUGAAUCCCGAUCGGAGGCGGCUCAGACGAGGGGAGACGGUGGAGGUCUGCAACCCGUCAGGAAGCCUCUCUGCUGGGCCUCGUCUGAGGGAGCGGCCCCUCGGUCGCUGCCACACACUCGACUCUGGAGAACACCCAGCGGAGCGCACACACCUAACCCCCGAACCCUCCGAACCCUCCGAACCCUCCGACCCCUCCGAACUCCCCGACCCCUCCGAACUCCCCGACCCCUCCGAACUCCCCGAACUCGCCCCGAAAGAGAGCGACCAGACGCCUCGAGACACAGACGACGAUGACGAUGACGAAGACGAUGACAUCACUAACUGUCUCGCCUCGACUAAUCACUCCACUUCUCUCGAGUCGGACCGUCUGAACGGAGAGUUAGAGGAGUCGUCUGAGCUUCACACCCCUCCA